CUAACGAAGUUUGGGAGUUGUCAUUUUCUGCCGUAGCAGGCGUGCGUAAAUUUGAAAUUUACAAUCGGGUAAGUACAAUUCGAUUAUCAAUUCCACAUUCAUCAUUUCAAGCUGAAUAAUACAGACAUAAAGCUGACCUCUGCUUCCUGUAAUCUGCAGAUAAGUCUGGGAACAUGGUAAAUGAGGAGGUUGUGGAAUUGAGCAAAAAACCGCAGCCGGUUUUUAAGGAUCCAACAUUCCAACAAAAAUUCCGCCCGAUAAGUAGUUCAGGGAAAAAAAGAAUCUGGCGAUCUCUGAAGCAGGUGCUUGCUCAGGAGCGAUCAUUACCUUGGCCUCCGGAGGUUGUUCUCUAUAGCUCUAUCAACGCACCACCAAGUUUCAAACCUGCCAAGAAAUAUUCAGACAUAUCUGGCCUUCCUUCAAGAUACACAGAUCCACAGACCAAGUUGCAUUUCGCUACUGCUGAAGAAUAUGCAACCGUACGAAGUCUACCAAUGGACAUCACAGCUGGAUAUUUAGCGUUGCGAGGCGCAUCUAGUAUUGUGGGCUAAACAUUGUUCAAUUAAU